UCCCCUUAGCCUACGUCAUCGCGCUGCGACGAUUUCGCAUUUUAUUUCCGGAAUCCGUAGUUGCCUCAUUGCUCUAGAGGAGAGAUCUAAGAUGAAUACUGAAAACUUCGCCAUUAGUGAGAAGAUAGUAUCAUCCUCAUACAUCCGCCAGGGGUCUCAGGCACGCCGCAGCCAUGAACAAGCGAUAAGGCUGCUUUUGGAACAGGGCAAGUGUCCAGAGACUGGAUGGAGCGAGAGCACAGUCGAGCUCUUCCUGAGUGAGCUGGCUGUGAUGGACAGCAACAACUUCCUGGGAAACUGUGGCGUUGGCGAGAGGGAAGGAAGAGUAGCCUCCAGCCUGGUGGCUAAACGACACUACAGGUUGAUCCAUGGAAUUGGCCGAUCAGGUGAUAUAGCAGCUAUUCAGCCCAAAGCGGCUGGUUCUAGUCUGCUCAACAAGCUGACCAAUUCCGUGGUGUUGGACAUCUUGAAACUCACAGGUGUACGUAGCGUGGCCAGUUGCUUUGUGGUUCCCAUGGCAACCGGGAUGAGCCUGACGCUGUGCUUCUUGACCCUUCGCCACAGGAGGCCGGCGGCCCGUUACAUCAUCUGGCCACGCAUCGACCAGAAGUCUUGCUUCAAAGCCAUGGUCACUGCAGGGUUCGAACCAGUGGUUGUGGAAAACGUUCUAGAAGGAGACGAGCUGCGGACAAACCUGGGUGCGGUAGAGGCGAAGAUCCGAGAGCUGGGAGCAGAGAACAUCCUGUGUGUCCACUCCACUACUUCCUGCUUUGCACCUCGCGUCCCCGACAGAAUCGAGGAACUUGCCACAAUGUGCGCCAAAUACGACAUCCCCCACGUUGUCAACAAUGCCUACGGAGUCCAGUCUUCCAAGUGCAUGCAUCUUAUCCAGCAGGGGGCCCGUGUGGGACGAAUAGAUGCAUUUGUGCAAAGCCUGGACAAGAACUUCAUGGUGCCUGUAGGCGGAGCCAUCAUCGCUGGUUUUGACGAGUCCUUCAUCCAGGAGAUCAGCAGAAUGUACCCAGGCCGGGCCUCAGCCUCGCCCUCCCUGGACCUGCUCAUCACCCUGCUCACCCUGGGGGCCCGUGGCUACAAGAGCCUGCUGGCAGAGAGGAAGGAGAUGUACUCUGUCCUUGCGCAGGAGCUAAAAAGACUGUCUGAAGCUCAUGGAGAGAGGCUACUGCAAACCCCACACAACCCCAUCUCUCUGGCCAUGUCUCUGGACAGCCUCCAGGCUCAGGGAGACAGGGUCGUGACUGAGCUGGGCUCCAUGCUCUUCACCAGGCAGGUGUCUGGUGCCAGGGUGGUUCCCAUGGGCAGAGAGCAGACUGUGAGCGGACACACCUUCAGGGGCUUCAUGGCCCACUCCGAGGCCUACCCAUGCCCCUACCUCAACGCAGCCUCGGCGGUGGGCAUCACCCGGCACGACGUGGAGCUGAGCAUGAAGAGGCUGGACAGGUGCCUGAAGAGCUUGAGGAGGGAGAAGGCCAACAGCGGGCCGGCUGUCCUCCCUGGACAGGAAGACUUGUCUGAAGGGAGGGAGAAGGCCAACAGCGGGCCGGCUCUCCUCUCUGGACAGGAAGACUUGUCUGAAGGGAGGGAGAAGGCCAACAGCGGGCCGGCUGUCCUCCCUGGACAGGAAGACUUGUCUAAGGAGGAUGAAACCUAGAUCGUGCUGUGAUCCAGCCUUGCUUUUGUUUUUCAUUCAUUCUGAAUCGCAAUUCAUUUUUGGUAAUCAAGGAAUCUUCACGUGAAGUGGUCGCUGUUAGGACAUUCUGUAGUUCAAGUACCCAUGCUUGCUUUGAAAUAUCUUAGGUAAACCUGUUUUACAAAGUACAUUUUUAAGCCCGGUUGCAAGUCUACAGACCUCAUUCAUCUCAAAGGCAUUGAUUUGAAAAACAGCCCAUAUAGGAUGGACCCAGAGAGAGAUUGUACCCAACUACAAAACUUUAAUUCUUCUCAACACGUGUAUAUGUGAUUUGCAGAUGAUUUCGUAUGAAUGCAUGUUGUAAUUCAUAUAGAAUCAAUAAAGCAUCUUGUGAA